UGUAUUGGAACAAUAAAUGCUUCACUGCGUCAGGCCGAGCGUGAGCAUCGGCGGACUUGUAUCGCUCUCUUCAAGUCGGCGGUCGCAACGUCUUCCACUUGGUAGCGCCUCCAAUUUUCUCAUCAGCUUCACCGCUGCAAAAAUUCACUCUCAGCUUUCACGCUGCGUCUCAUCAUCAUCAACAGCAAUGAUAUCGACGAUGGCCUUGAUGGCUCCACCGACGGCCAAGAAAGUGAAGCAUGAAAUGGAGUUGUUCGGAGACGUCAGAGUCGACAACUACUACUGGCUUAGCGACGAUUCUCGCUCUGAUUCCGAAAUCCUCUCUCACCUCCAAGCCGAGAAUGACUACACCGAUUCCGUAAUGUCUGGGACCAAACACUUCGAAGAUCAGAUUUAUGCUGAGAUUAGAGGACGAAUCAAGGAGGACGACAUCUCUGCACCCAUACGCAGAGGUGCUUACUAUUACUAUAAUAGGACCUUGGAGGGAAGGGAAUAUGUUCAGCGUUGUCGAUUCCUUGUUUCUAAUGAUGGUGCUCCACCUUCUGUUUAUGAUGUUAUGCCUACUGGACCUGAUGCUCCUCCCGAGCAUGUUAUUCUUGAUGAGAAUAUUAAGGCCCAAGAGCAUGCAUUUUAUCAAAUUGGCGCUUUUAAAGUUAGUCCAAAUAAUAAACUAGUAGCAUAUGCGGAAGACACUAAAGGAGAUGAGAUUUAUACAAUUUAUAUAAUUGAUGCUGAGACCUUAACACCUGUGGGGAAGCCUUUAGUUGGUGUGACAUCAGAUAUUGAGUGGGCAGGUGAUGAGGCCUUAGUUUACAUCACAAUGGAUGCGAUCCUUCGGCCGGACAAGGUGUGGAUACAUAGGUUGGGAACAGAGCAAUCCAUAGACUCUUGCCUUUAUCAUGAAAAGGAUGACAUGUUUUCCCUUGAUCUUGAGGCGUCUGACAGCAAGAAGUUUUUGUUUGUUGCAUCUGAAAGUAGAACUACAAGAUUUGUCUUCUAUCUUGAUAUUUCUCAGUCUGAAAAUGGGCUUAUAGUUUUGACACCUCGUUUGGAAGGCAUUGACACAUCAGUAAGCCAUCGUGGAAAUAAUUUUUUCAUUAAGAGGAGAAGCGAAGAGUGCUUCAAUUCAGAACUUGUAGCCUGUCCAGUGGACAACAUAUCUGCAACCACAGUUCUUCUUCCUCACCGGGAAAGUGUAAAGAUUCAGGACGUACAGGUUUUUAGUGAUCAUCUUGUCACAUAUGAGCGUGAAAAGGGUCUGCCCAGAAUAACUAUAUAUUGCCUCCCAGCUGUCGGAGAACCACUUGAAAGCCUUCAAGGUGGUCGGUCUGUUGAUUUCAUUGAUCCUAUAUAUUCAGUGGAUCCAUCAGAGUCAAUAUUUUCUUCCAGCAUCUUACGGUUUUCUUAUAGCUCAAUGAGGAUUCCUCUCUCUACAUACGAUUAUGAUAUGAACACAGGGAUUACAGUUCUGAAGAAAAUUGAAGCAGUGUUGGGAGGUUUUGAUGCCUCAAAUUAUGUAAUUGAAAGGCAAUGGGCUUCUGCUUCAGAUGGUACUCAAAUUCCUUUAUCAAUUGUUUAUCAGAAGAAUCUUGUGAAGCUUGAUGGGUCUGAUCCAUUACUACUUUAUGGUUAUGGUUCAUAUGAGGCUUGCAUAGAUCCCAGUUUCAAGGCGUCAAGGCUGUCUUUGUUAGACCGGGGCUUUAUUUAUGCAAUUUCCCACAUUCGCGGGGGUGGUGAAAUGGGGAGGCAGUGGUAUGAAAAUGGGAAACUGUUGAAAAAGAAAAAUACUUUCACAGAUUUUAUUGCUUGCGCAGAGUAUCUGAUAGAGAAAAAAUACUGCUCUAAGGAAAAACUGUGCAUCAAUGGAAGAAGUGCAGGGGGAUUGCUAAUGGGUGCUGUUCUUAACAUGCGGCCGGAUUUAUUCAAGGCUGCAGUAGCAGAAGUACCAUUUGUUGAUGUUUUGACUACAAUGCUUGAUCCAACUAUUCCUCUUACUACUUCAGAGUAUGAGGAAUGGGGUGAUCCUCGUAAAGAAGAGUUUUACUUCUACAUGAAGUCAUACUCCCCAGUUGAUAAUAUCAAAGCACAAAAUUAUCCAGCCAUGCUUUUCACAGCUGGUUUGAAUGAUCCACGUGUUAUGUAUUCAGAACCUGCUAAGUUUGUGGCAAAGUUGAGAGAGAUGAAACUUGAUGAUAAUGUGCUGUUGUUCAAGUGUGAAUUAGGUGCUGGGCACUUCUCAAAGUCAGGAAGGCGAGACCAGCAUCUGAAGUGAACUUAUAGGGUAGAGCAGAAUGAAGAGGCAAGAGAGAAUGGUUAAAUUGUGUGGUUACUACUCACCUUUUGAAAAGAAAAGAAAAAAGGUUGAGAAAAUGAACAUGGGCUUGAAUGGUGGUACGAGCUAUGAACCAUACUGUCUAACCAUGCAUUAAUGUUUAUUCCAUUCAUGGAUAAGAAAUCCUAAAAUUAUGCAGGUGUUAAAAAUUUCAACAAGUUGAAAAUUCAUUUAUCGAGUAAACCCAACUUUUGGAGGCAGUCUUAGUUGGAACCCUUUGGGCAUUGUGUCUUGCUUUUUCAUGUUAUAUAAUACACAGGAGAAGGCUAGUAAACAGCUUAUGCUCAAUCUCAUAUGUGUGAAUUUGUGUGUGUGCAUGCGUAUAGCAGAGGGAGACGGAUUUUAUAGCAAAGUUG